GGGCAAAAAAAAACGUUAAGUGUGUUUAAACCCCUCCCAAAAAAUCGUGAUUGGUGAUUUGCGGGACGUAGUAUGCCGAGCUCGGGAUUGAUGCAAUUAAGCAACGGGAGCAGUUCUAGCAGUUCGAACAGCAGCAAUAAUAGCACUAGCGGCAUAAUUGUCAUCAACGGAGGUGCUAACAGAAUGGACGGAACUCUGAGUCAGAGUAUGGAUUCGGUCAACACGGUCGCCGCUGAAGAAGAGGUGAGGACUUUGUUUGUUAGCGGCCUGCCGAUGGACGCCAAACCGCGCGAACUGUACCUGCUCUUCCGCGCUUACGACGGCUACGAAAACUCACAGUUGAAAGUGACGAGCAAAAACGGGAAAACAACUUCGCCGGUGGGAUUUGUGACGUUCGCGACGCGAGCAAGCGCCGAAGGAGCCAAGCAAGACUUGCAGGGCGUGCGGUUCGAUCCGGACAUCCCGCAGACGAUCCGGCUGGAAUUUGCCAAGAGCAACACGAAGGUCAGCAAACCCAAACAGCAGAACAGUUCGCCCCCUGCAGCCGCCCCUCACCCCACGUUGCUGCACCCUCUCACCGGCCAGGAUUUGAGCCCCGCCUUCUUCCCGACGGCCUCGGACAUGUGGACGACCCACCCGGCGUUGGCGUAUUCGGCGGCGGCGGCAGCUGCGGCAGCCGCAGCGGCCGAACUUCAGGGCCAGGGACCGGGAGCAGCGGCGGCGCUCCAGCACGCCCACGCUCACCAUGCGGCCGCAUUGGCCGUCCAUCCGGCCCUCCACCCGCAGCUACCCGGAUCGAUGCAGAUGAGUCACAGUGGUCAUUUGACGCAAUUGAUGGGCUCUACGCCGCAUCACCACCAUCAUCAUCACCACAUGGCAGCUGCCGCUGCGGCCGCCGCCGGUGGUUCCCCGGUCGCUGCUCCUGGUGCCGGGGCCGGUGCUUCGACUCCUUCGGCCAUGGGAGGCGGAGCCAAUGCUCCUUGCUCGACUCUUUUCGUCGCCAAUCUCGGCCAGUUUGUCUCUGAACAAGAACUUAAAGAACUUUUCGGCAGUUUUCCUGGAUAUUGUCGCCUGCGCAUGCACAACAAAGGUGGUGCUCCUGUAGCCUUCGUCGAGUACGCUGACGUUCGCUGCGCGGCCCAGGCUCUGAUCUCGUUGCAGGGCACUUACCUGCUCUCGUCUGACCGCGGCGGCGUCCGCAUCGAGUACGCCCGCAACAAGAUGGCCGAGACGGGCGGUGGGAGCGGCAGCAACAACGGCGGAAGCCCCACGUCCGGCGGAUCUUCCUCGUCGUCGCUGUUGUCGAUGGCCAACGGCCAGCAGCAACAGGAGCAAAAGUACAACGUGCAUCACCAUCAUCAGCACGCGCAGGCCGAGGUGGAGGCGGCCAAGAUGUCGAGCAAUCAGGCCAGCAUGGCCAUGGCCGCGGCCGCCGCCAAUUCGGCUCUGUCGCAGGCCGUCCAAGGUGCCCCGCUUCACGCUCUCGGUCUCUACGGACAUCACAUCUGGCUAGGAAUGCAAGAUUAACAUCCCGAAGGGGUUUUCCGAGUCGCUGCGCUCACGAGCGCAAUUCAAAACAGCCCACGUUCUGCGCACACACAACUAUAGUGAAAUUGACUACCAAUUACCACCACCGACUGCUGAGCUAUUUUUUUUUUUUUUUUUGCUGCCCCUAAUUGCAACACACACUAUAUUUACCUACCCCUCCUAACGUCCAUGAUAGUUUUGUAAAUGUUUACCGAAAUGAACUAACCCAAGAAAAAAAAAAAAAAGAUACCCCUCCCGUAUGCUGCCGCGACCUGGUUGCGCAACCUGAUGAUGCUGACGACGCAAUGUGGUGGUUAAACAU